AUGACCGCCAACCAACCACAAGGCGAUGCCAUCAUCAUUGGUAUCGACUUUGGGACGACAUAUUCCGGUGUUGCUUGGGCAUACUCCCGCCAGCCUGAUGACAUCGAGAUAGUCACAAGCUGGGAUUCUCAACUUAACCAUUGCUCGGACGUCGAAAAGGCUCCCACACAGCUCUUCUACGAUGAGAGAGCUCAGGGUGUCAAAUGGGGCUAUGGUAUCCCUUCCGAGAAUGAGCCACUGAAGUGGUUCAAGCUAUUGCUUCUUGAGACCAAGGACAUUCCUGUUGAAGUUGCGGCUUCGACCCAGCUUCAGGAAUCUCGUCGCCUCAAGUACAAAGUGAUGAAAGAUCCUAUUGAGAUUAUUGCGACCUUCCUUCGCAACCUUUGGGAUCAUACCACCGAGUCUAUCAAGCGUACCAUUGGCGCCGAUCUGGUUCGACGAUGCAAACUGCAAGUCGUAAUCACCUUGCCAGCCAUCUGGCCUCCAUAUGCCCAGCAGCGGAUGAAGCAAGCCGCUCAACAGUCUGGUAUUCUGGAUGCACGCUCUGCUGGUGCUACCUCCCUGCACUUUAUCUCUGAGCCUGAAGCUGCCGCCCUUGCAACUAUCAAAGAUCUGUCUAAACGCUCGACAAUCAAGGCUGGCGACACUAUCAUUGUCUGUGAUGCAGGUGGAGGCACAGUCGACCUCAUUAGCUAUGUCUUCGAAUCAACUGACCCAUUCGUCGUCAAAGAGUGUGUCAAAGGCGAUGGUGGCCUUUGUGGUGGUGUCUUUCUUGACGAGGCUUUCAUUAAACUCAUCAAGAACAAAGUUCCCAAGGGUACAUGGAACUUUGUCGGCCAUUCUGACGAGAAGAAGUUUCUAAACGACCAAUGGGAGCACGGAAUCAAACCUUACAGCGACUUAUCCACGGGCUUGAAGCGCCGUGCGACACUUGAUCUCACCUCUAAUGAGAUCUCGUCCGUGUUCUCCCCGAUCACAGACAAGAUCGAAGCUCUUGUCAGCCGCCAGGUAGACGCCAUUCAAGCCAAGUAUCACAAAGAGCCCAAGUACAUCGUUCUCGUCGGAGGUUUCGGCCGUAGCCGCUACCUCUUCAACCGUCUUCAGGACUGCUUUGGUGAUGAAACCAUCCUCCAGUCUCGCGGGACUAAGCCAUGGACUGCGAUCUGCCGUGGCGCUGUUGUGCAAGGGUUGCUUCGACACGACCCCUCUUUGAGCGUGGGACUCAAUGUUGAGGCACGCAUCGCUCGAAUGAGCUAUGGUAUCAAAUAUCGUACUCCUUUCAUCGCGGGAAAACACAAGAAAGUGGACAAAGUUUGGGUUAACGACGAACAACAACACAAGGCGGAAAACCAGAUGCAAUGGUUUCUCAAGGAGGGUGAAUCUAUUUCGGAGAAGAAUCCAGUUCACCAUGACUAUUACCGCCUUCUCUCAGGUAGCGCAGUCCAGAUCUCUGAAACAAUCUACUGCACAACGAAAUUCCCUCCGCCUGCAAGAGCACCUAAAGCUUUGGCCAGUGUUCAGGAACUUUGCACUGUCACCUGGAACAAAGCCAUCGAUGCCAGGAAGCUUCCAAAAUGGACCAAUAGCCAGCGUAAAACUUUCUCGCAGCUCGACUAUCGCAUUCAGAUGGAUUGUGAUAAUGGAACCGUGAACUUCAAGAUCAUUCACAAAGGAGCGAAAGUCGGCGAACAAAGUUUCGAAGUCUAA